UCAUAGCCGACUUUUGCUAUCAUAUCCUCGGACACGCACCAAAAAUACACUCCCACCAUUUCUUCUUCUUCUCGAUUUGAAACAGAAAAUGAUGAUCGGAGAAAUUCAUCGUAAUCACCAGAUUCAUGUACCGCCAUGGCCAGAAUCUUUCAAUCAAAAUACCCAAAUUAAUUCUCCUACUUUUUCAUCCGCGUUAUACUCUAACGGAGAUGGGUUUUCCCCAAACUCUACAAGCUAUUACGACGCCGUUUUAACAUCGUUACGUCGUUAUCUUGUUUCUGAUACCGGAGAGAAUGAAUCUCCGACGAAAGAGGAAUUACCAGGUGAUUUUGAAUUUGAUGCUGGGGAUUAUGAUGAUGAUUUUUUUAUGUAUGAUUUUAAAGUUAGGAAAUGUAAUCGGGCUCGGGCUCAUGACUGGACUGAGUGCCCUUUUGCUCAUCCGGGUGAGAAAGCCCGUCGGAGAGAUCCACGAAAGUUUAACUAUUCUGGUACCGCGUGUUCGGAGUUUCGGAAGGGUGGUUGUAAAAAGGGUGAUGGUUGCGAGUUUGCACAUGGUGUUUUCGAGUGUUGGCUUCACCCGACCCGGUUUAGAACCCAAGCGUGUAAGGAUGGACCCGGGUGUAAACGCCGGGUCUGUUUCUUUGCCCACACACCUGAUCAACUCAGGCCUUUGCCUGGACUUGGCAGCCCGAGAGGCACCACUGGUGGGUGUUUCUCGGGCUCUGAGGAGGCAACAAUGGGCUCAGGCUCUCCUACUGUUGAAGAGCUUGUAGCGUCUCUUAGGAAUCUCCAACUAAAUAAGGUCAAGUCCAUGCCUAGCUCAUGGGUUAGCGGAUCCCCUGUUUUCGGGUCUCCUCGAGGUCUUGGAGGUCCAACAGCGAUGAAUCGGGCUGGGUUUUUUAGCCUGCCAACAACUCCGACCGGGCCUAGAGUCGGGUACUGGGAUAAAAGAGAGUUUGGUGAUGAAGAGGAUGAGCCUAUUAUGGAAAGGGUAGAGUCAGGUAGAGUGUUAAGGGCUCGUAUGUUUGAGAAGUUGAGCAAAGAAAACCCACUUGAUGGGUCGGGUAGCCCACUUUCAGUUACAGUCCCCGGGCCGGGUCCAGAUUUUGGAUGGGUUUCUGAUCUUAUUGAGUAAUUGUAAUCGUACCUUUCCCCUCACGGUCUGACCAAUUAAAAAUUGACACAUUAGAUAUAUUAUCUCUUCGUGAAGUAAUUAAUUGGUUAGGACUUAGGAUUGUUCUUUUUCAAAAAUUAUUUCUAUUUUUCAAAUUAUUUUUAUAAAAAUUCCAAUUAAGAAAUUUGAAAAUUAUUAGAAGCAUAUAGGAGUAUGAAUUUUCUUUUUAUUGGGUUAAAAGUCUUUAAUAUAUCCUAAAAUUGGGCUAACUGAUAAAAAUGUUAAUACAAUGGAUUUAAUUCACAUUAUUAUUAUUAUUAUUGUGGACUUUUUUAAUGUUCUAUAUCUCAAGCUCUUAAAAUCAUAAAUCUAAUUUAAUAUGCACUAUUUUUAUAUGGACUUUUUUUAGAAAUGAUAGUGUAAAUAAAGUAUUCCAAAUAAGUAGUUGUACUAAGAAAUGAAGAGGAACCCACUUUUUAAGAAUAAUAAGAUAUACGUGGGACAAUAUGGAAGCUGCUAGAUUUGCAUUGGAAAAAAAGAGCAACAAGAUUUUAGCUGCUUAUUUUGUACAGUUCAUUUUCUUUUUUUUUGGGUUGAAGAUAUAGGGAAGAAGCAUGUUUGAAUAUUUAUGAUGAGCUUGGAUAAAAUUUUCAUGUUCAUUAUUAUUACUAAUAUUAUUAUGAUGUAUUAUGAUUAUGAAAAAUUAUUAAUUAAAUUUUAAGUUUGCUUUAUUUUAAUUUUAUGUUGUAAUAUUAUGAAAUGAAAUGAUAUUGUAUAAUUACAUGUUGGUUACUUUUAUUGAGUAAUUAUUGUACCAUCAUACUUCAUUCGCUAUAGUAUAUUUCUUUGCAUUCAA